AAGAAAUCAAUGCCUUUAUUUAUGCAGUGAUGUAUUUAUAUUGAUCUACAAAAAUUACUGAAGUAAUUAGAACAUUUAUAUAUAUGUUUAACAAACACUUAUAAUAAUAUUAUUGAUGUACAUUGUAUUUUUAUUAUAUUGUUAGCUAUAGUUUCUACCUACAAUGUAAUGAAUUUAAUUCUGCGUAGCACAUUUCUGAUUCAAAAUGUAAAAAAAAAAUGCUUAAAGUCAUUGACUGAUAUCUAAAAAAAAAAUGUGUUUGUGUGUGUUAUUGUCUUUAAGGACUCUGAUGAUUAACCUCCAGGAAAAUUUACUUGUUAUUUACCUUGAUUCUCUGGCUGUUGAGCUAUCAGUGGGAGGGCGUCAGCUCUCAGUGGGAGGGUGUCAACUCUCAGAGGGAGGGCGUCAGCUCUCAGAGGGAGGGCGUCAGCUCUCAGUGGGAGGGCGUCAGCUCUCAGUGGGAGGGCAUCAGCUCUCAGUGGGAGGUCGUCAGCUCUCAGAGGGAGGGCGUCAGCUCUCAGUGGGAGGGCGUCAGCUCUCAGUGGGAGGGCGUCACUCUCUGAGGGAGGGCGUCAGCUCUCAGUGGGAGGGCAUCAGCUCUCAGAGGGAGGGCGUCAGCUGCUUAAAACCAUGAAGAUGUUUUUAACUAAUAAAUAACGGCAGUGGUGGAAUCCACUGCACUGCUGUAGGCCAAAGAGUGACUCGGGAGCGUGUGUCUGGGUGCACUCUCCUCCUCAAUAUUUUUAUGAUUUAUUGCUUUCAUGUAACAUUUAUAUAUUUAAAUACAUUUCAAUAUUUUUUGAUGAGAGAAACAUUCAUAACAACACAUUGAUUGAUGUAAAUAUUAAUUCCA